UCCAUGGAAUCACAGUCUGCAAUCAACCACCCAACCCUUCUAUCUUUCUCUCUCUAUCCAUUUCAUCAUCUUAGAGAUAGAAAAUAUCCGAGAAAAUCCUUCAGGAAAAAUGUUCGAACCAGACGAGGGGAUUCGCAAGUCCCGAGACUGUCCUCCGCCAUCCCAAGCCGUCGACCGCGACUCCUUCAUGGACUUCGAUCUCGAUCUCGACGGGUCCUGGCCCUUGGACCAGAUGUCCUUCUUCUCCAACCCUAUGUCUCCCUUCCUCUUCUCCUCCUCCGACCAGCCCUGCUCUCCGCUCUGGGCCUUCUCCGACGAUGCCGACGACAAACCUUCCGCCAUCGGCGUCGGCGGCGGUCUUCGUCUAUCGGAAUGUUCUCGGUUUCUCACAUGUAAUCCAGAUUUGAUACCUGAAAGCAGAACAGAGAAUGAUGAGAAAAGAAGGCUGCCUCCAUCGGUUUUCACAUUGACACCAAUCGAGAAUCCAGAUGGGUGUUGCAUAAUUAAAGAGAGGAUGACACAGGCUCUUCGAUACUUCAAAGAAUCUACUGAACAACAUGUUCUAGCUCAGGUUUGGGCACCUGUGAAAAAUGGGGAUCGGUGUCUUCUCACAACAUACGGACAGCCCUUUGUUCUUGAUCCACAUAGUAAUGGCCUUCAUCAAUACAGGAUGAUAUCUCUGACAUAUACGUUUUCUGUUGAUGGGGAGAGUGACGGAGCCCUCGGGCUUCCUGGUCGUGUUUUCAGGCAAAAAUUGCCGGAGUGGACUCCAAAUGUACAGUAUUACUCCAGCAGAGAGUACCCUCGACUUAAUCAUGCUUUGCAUUACAAUGUAAGGGGAACAUUGGCUUUGCCAGUGUUUGAACCUUCUGGGCCGUCCUGUGUGGGUGUACUUGAGCUCAUUAUGACUUCACAGAAGAUUAACUAUGCACCUGAGGUUGAUAAAGUCUGCAAAGCGCUUGAGGCAGUAAAUCUCAAAAGUUCAGAAAUAUUGGAGCAUCCAAAGGCACAGAACCAGAUUUGCAAUGAAGGUCGCCAGAAUGCCUUGGCUGAAAUCUUGGAGAUAUUUACAGUGGUAUGUGAAACUUACAAAUUACCUCUGGCUCAGACCUGGGUUCCUUGCAGGCAUCGCAGUGUUCUAGCUGGUGGUGGUGGUCUGAGGAAGAGCUGCUCUAGCUUUGAUGGAAGCUGCAUGGGCCAAGUCUGCAUGUCCACAACUGAUGUAGCAUUCUACGUUGUAGAUGCUCACAUGUGGGGUUUUAGGGAGGCCUGUGCUGAGCACCACUUACAAAAGGGGCAGGGGGUUGCUGGGAGGGCAUUUGAGUCCCAUAAUUCAUGCUACUGCAGCGAUAUUACCCAAUUCUGCAAAACUGAGUACCCCUUAGUACACUAUGCGCGCAUGUUUGGGUUAACUUGCUGUUUUGCAAUCUGUUUACGAAGUACUCACACUGGAAAUGAUGAUUACAUUCUAGAGUUCUUUCUGCCCCCUAGUAUCACAGACAGUAGAGACCAACAGACCUUGUUGGACUCCCUAUUGGCAACAAUGAAGCAGCAUUUUCAGAGUCUUAGGGUUGCUUCUGGAAAAGAAUUUGAAGAGGAGGAAAAAUCUGUCGAAAUUAUCAAUUUGCCUAUGAAUGAGAAGCUUGAUUCAAGACUUGAAUCUAUUCGAAUAUCGCAAUCUACUCCAUCUCCACCUGGGCCUGAUAUCUUGCCAAGCAGGGGAGAGAUGCAGCAGCUAGACUCCACAAAACAUCAAUUAAUGGUGGAGUUUGAUGCUAUAAAGGAUAGAGGGAAUGUUGUAGGUGCGGGUGUAAGCCAAAAUGCAGUUUCUUUCCCAGGGAACAAAGAUAUACGAAACCCAUCAGAGAGAAAGCGUGGAAAAACUGAGAAAUCAAUUAGCUUAGAGGUCCUUCAACAAUAUUUUGCUGGGAGUCUUAAAGAUGCUGCAAAAAGCCUUGGUGUUUGCCCUACUACAAUGAAGCGCAUAUGCAGGCAGCAUGGAAUCUCCCGGUGGCCAUCUCGUAAAAUCAACAAGGUUAAUCGUUCCCUCUCUAAGCUAAAGCGUGUAAUUGAAUCUGUCCAGGUUUCUGAAGGAGCAUUUGGUCUAACUUCUCUCACUUCAAGUCCACUUCCUGUUGCUGUUGGUUCCAUUUCUUGGCCUGCUACUUUGAAUGGACCAUAUCAACAAAACUCCCCAGGUUCUAAAUCUGCUGAACCUCGGGGAGAAAAGAGUGGAUCACCCACCUGUAGGACCCGGGGAAGUGAUGGUCAGGCUGAAACAGCAGAUCAAUUUCAAGGUGGGAGAUCGAGUCACAAGGAACUUAUUCAUGAGCAAAGUGGCUGUCUGCCAGAGCUGGGUAAGGGAGCAACUGGGUCGAAAACAAGGAGUGGGUCAAGGGAAGAGAGUGCUGGGACCCCCACUUCCCAUGGUUCAUGCCAAGGCAGCCCUGAAAAUGAAACAACAUCUGCGAAAAAUCACUCCAAUUCUCCCAUCUACGACCAAUGUGAAAAAGCAGUGGGCGGAUUGGAAUCAGCAUUUCAACCAAGAGAACUGAGUCUAUCAGCUGGAUUCUCAAUCCCUGAGGCUGUUAUCACAACAGAACCCCAAACCCAUUUUGGAGGAAUGCUGAUUGAGGAUGCAGGAAGCUCAAAAGACUUGAGAAAUCUGUGUCCUUCAGUAGCAGAUGCCAUGCUAGACGAGCGAGUCCCAGAGUCCAGUUGGACAAACCCCCCAUGUUCUGAUCUUCCUCCCAAGCACACCAUGAAUGCUGUAGCUCACACCAUCCCACAAAUUACAGCUAGGCCAGAUGUGAGGACCAUGACCAUAAAGGCCACCUACAGAGAAGACAUAAUCAGGUUCCGAAUCCCUCUGACCUCCGGCAUCGUGGAGUUGAAGGAAGAAGUGGCGAAACGGCUCAAGUUAGAGGUGGGUACUUUCGAUAUCAAGUAUCUCGAUGAUGAUCACGAGUGGGUAUUAAUCGCCUGCGAUGCAGACUUACAGGAGUGCAUGGACAUAUCAUGGACUACGGGCAGCAACAUAAUCAGGUUACUGGUUCACGAUCUAAUGACCAAUCUGGGUAGCUCCUGCGAAAGCACUGGGGAGUAAGGAGGAUUAGAUUGUAUAUAUGGUCAAGUUUGUAGUAACAUUCUUGUAGUGUUAGGUUGCUAGGAAAGUGAAGCUGUAGAUUUUGGUUCCAAGAGCCUGCUCAGUCAGUCAGUCAGAAAUUUUCCCUUUGGCCUAGAGAAAUCCCACUAGUCUGUUUUUUAAUGAAACAUUUGUAACAUAUUCUUUUAGGGAAUAAAUCAAAUUUUUGUUUCUUUUAGAACCAAUUGUAAGAUAUUAAACGGUUGAAUUCAUUCCAUAGUGUAUUGUUUAA